AUGGCGUUGGUAGAGGAUUACGGCUCUAGUUCGGGUUCUGAAGACGACUAUGAAAGUAAAACGGUGGAACAGAUUGCGGGUGUCAUAUCAAACAAGCAACAUGAAAAUACAGUGCCCAUGGUUCAAGUUGAUAGAGUCACAAUCAGCAAGAGAAAACGGAAAGAUGAUCCAUUGAAGAACACCGCUGAAAAGAAGGAGAAAAAAGGAAGAAAGGGACCUUGGGAUGCCUGGUCCUAUGAUGAAAGCGAUAGCUCCAGCGACAAUACAGGAGAUAAAUAUAUAGCUGAGGAACUUGAAACUUUUCAAGAUGUUGAGAAACCCGAUGAUGAAGACAUCAAGGUCAAAGAAGAAUCUCACUUUUACGGUGAAUCAGAAAAGGAUUAUCAAGGUCGUGGAUUUCUUCAUCCUCCCGCGGAUAUUGAAACUGAUUUAACGAAGAAACCGAUGUCAUUCAAAUGUUAUUUGCCAAAAAAAAUUAUACACACAUUUCCAGGGCACUCCCGUGGUGUUAAUACUCUAAAUUUCCUGCCGCUAUCUGGUCAUUUAUUUCUAUCCAGUGGCAAUGACAGCUUAAUCAAAAUUUGGGAUUUCCAUCAUCAGAGAAAGUGCCUUCGAGAUUAUAGAGGACACACGAGGCCAGUCAAAGCGAUUGAUUUUAGCAGUGAUGGCACACAGUUUCUGAGUGCGUCAUUUGAUCAGAGUGUUAAACUUUGGCAUACCGAAAGUGGUAAAGUGCUAUCUAGACUAAAAUUGAAUAGUACUCCAAAUGACGUCAAGAUCCACCCGCUCAAGGCAAAUGAAUUCAUAGUAGGGUGUUCUAACUCUAAAAUAUAUCAUUAUGAUACACGUAUUGCAGCAAAAGAAGGAAGAGUGCAAGUAUACGAUCAUCAUUUGAGCAGUAUCUUAUAUCUCAAAUUUUUUCCGGAUGGCUCUCGAUUUAUAUCCUCAUCGGAGGACAAGACGGUUAGAAUAUGGGAGAAUCAAAUAAACAUUCCAGUAAAACAGAUUAGUGAUACAGCACAACAUUCAAUGCCAUACCUGGACAUUCAUCCGUCAGGCCAGUACUUUUGCGCCCAAAGUAUGGAUAACACAAUAUACACAUACAAUAUGAAACCAAAAUAUAAACGUCACCCCAAGAAAUCUUUCACAGGACAAAUGUGUGCCGGAUAUGGUAUUGGAAUUGCAUUUUCACCGGACGGCAAAUACAUUUGUUCUGGGGACGCUCAAAGUAAAGUUUUGAUAUGGGAUUGGACCACUACUAAUUUACUCAGAACUGUUCCCCUGCCUGGUAAUGAACCCGUAAGGCAAGUUGCUUGGAACCCACAAGAAACAAGCAAGUUAAUUUGCGGUGGUCCCACUGGAAAGAUAUACCUUUUGGAUUAA